CACCCGCGGUGACCGCGCUGCUCUGGAGCUUCCCGAACGGGCGGAGAGUUUGGGGAGCGGGAUGGACUCCCAGAAAUCCUGAAGGAUUGCAGCCUGUGAGCAGCAGGGGAAGCCUGCAGCAGGAUCCCUGCCCGGGCUCUCCACAUCCCACCAGAAGAGGAAGAGGAAAAGACGGUUCCUUCGCCGUUGAUAAAAUGGGAAGCAGCAUCUCGCCAGCAGCCCGGGAAGGGAAGCUCCAAUCCUUGCCUGGGGGGCAUCCCUGGGAUCUCUGCAGCUGGCAGGACACGGCCCUGCGCCACUGAGGGGUGGGGACAGCGUGGCUGGGGACAGCAUGUCCUUCCAGAGCCACCGGAGCCAGCUGCUGCUGGUCAACUCGCUGACCUUCGGGCUGGAGGUGUGCCUGGCCGCCGGCAUCACCUACGUGCCCCCGCUGCUGCUGGAGGUGGGCGUGGAGGAGAAGUUCAUGACCAUGGUUUUGGGGAUAGGCCCUGUCCUCGGGCUGGUUUUUGUGCCGCUGAUCGGCUCGGCCAGCGACCACUGGCGCAGCAGCUACGGCCGGAGGAGACCUUUCAUCUGGCUGCUGUGCCUGGGGGUGCUGCUCAGCCUCUUCCUCAUCCCCCACGCCAGCAGCCUGGCCAGCCUGUGUGCCCUCAACCCCCGGCCUCUGGAGAUCGCCUUCCUCAUCCUGGGCAUCGGGCUGCUGGAUUUCUGCGGCCAGGUGUGCUUCACCCCGCUGGAGGCCCUGCUCUCCGACCUCUUCCAGGAGCCGGACAACUGCCGCCAGGCCUUCUCCGUGUACGCCUUCAUGAUCAGCCUGGGGGGCUGCAUCGGCUACCUGCUGCCAGCCAUCGACUGGGCCUUCCUGGCGCCCUACCUGGGAGGGCAGCAGAGCUGCCUCUUCAGCCUGCUGGCCCUCAUCUUCCUCGCCUGCGUGCUGGCCACGCUGUUUGUGACGGAGGAGGCGGCCCAGGGGGAUGUCCCAGAGGGGCUAGCGCUCAAGGACACGUCCCCCAAGGUGUCCCUGGCGUGCUGCUGCUGCCGGCUGGCGCGGGGGUCGUGGCUGCUGCAGGGCAGGCAGGUGCUGCGGGCCGCCAGGAACGUGUGCGCGCUGCUGCCGCGGCUGCACGGCCUCUGCUGCCGCAUCCCCAGGGUCAUCCGCCGCCUCUUCGUGGCCGAGCUCUGCAGCUGGAUGGCUCUCAUGACUUUCAUGCUGUUCUACACGGAUUUUGUCGGGGAAGGGCUGUACCACGGCGUGCCCAGGGCCAAGCCGGGCACGGAGGCCAGGCGCCGCUACGAUGAAGGUGUCCGGAUGGGCAGCUUGGGCCUCUUCCUGCAGUGCAUCACCUCCAUCUUCUUCUCGACAAUCAUGGACCGGCUGGUGAAGCGCUUUGGGACGCGGGCAGUGUACCUGGCCAGCGUGGUGUUCUUCCCCGGGGCCGCCUCUGUCAUGUGUCUGUCCCACAGUGUCACCGUGGUCACCAUCUCCGCUGCCCUGACGGGAUUCACCUUCUCCGCCCUCCAGAUCCUGCCCUACACGCUGGCAUCCCUCUACCACCACGACAAACAGGUAUUUCUGCAUAAAUACAAGAGGAAAGAGGAGGAAGAUGCCGCUCUGCUGGACAAGAAAUCAGCUUUCUCCAAGGGGCUGCUCUCCAACCAGAAGCUGCCUUACCAGAAUGGCCACACUGGGAACCUCUUCUCCUCCUCCUCUUCCUCCUCCUCCUCCUCCUCCUCCUCCUCCCCUCCGGCCGUGUCCAGCUCCGCUCUGUGCGUCAGCUCCUCCUGCGACGUCUCCCUGCGGAUGGUGGUGGGAGAGCCGGAGCCGGGGGCUCCUGGCCGGGGGAUCUGCCUGGACCUGGCCAUCCUGGACAGCGCCUUCCUCCUGUCCCAGGUGGUGCCCUCGCUCUUCAUGGGCUCCAUCGUGCAGUUCACGCAGUCGGUCACCGCCUACAUGGUGUCCGCCGCUGGCUUCGGACUGGUCGCCAUCUACUUCGCAACCAAAGUCGUCUUUGACAAGGUUCUCAGUCACUCUGACCUCUCACUCCACACCUCGGUGCCUGAGCCUGCAUUUUCUCUCUCCCCUCAUGGAUCCAGACUGUUCUGCCUCUUCCUUCCACGCACAGCCCCUGGAAGAUGCUGCCAUUCCCAGAUUCCCAGAGGGAAAUCCGCUCCCAGAGGGGUUUUCAGUGCUGUGGCAGUGAUGCAGAGCAGGAAAAGCUCUCCUGGAAGGCCCGGGGGAGUUGCUGAUGGGUUAAACUCAGACCUGCAGCUGGUCCCGUGGCUGUUUGGGCUUUCUUAAAAUGUGUUUUAUUUCCAGUCAGGAGUCGCUGUUCUCACUGAGAGAAAGCUCCUCCUGCCGCCCUCACCCAGGGCCCAAACCCUCCAGGGAUGUCCAGGUUGUUUUGGCCACCAGCUCUGAGUCACUUCCCUCUGGCAGCAGAGCCCGAUUCCCCCUGCCCAGAACCAUUCCCUGUCCCCAGUGGCCCAGCUGGGACAAUUCUGCUGCUGGCAGAUUCCUCCAGGAGCUCCCCACGCUCCGAGGAGGAGCUCAGGAGUCAGGAAUGAUCCAAAACGCGGAGGAAAAGCUGAGAUUGGUGCUGUGAGCACACAAACCCCAGCGAUCCUCGGCUCUGCCUGGGCUGAACCAGGCAAAACAACAACGUUUGUGACUAAUUUUUAUUUUUUGAGGUGUGUGGGCAGCCAGAGGCACUUGUGAGGUUGGGCUGGAGGGUGAAAUGUUGCUAUUUUGGCGGAGUUUUGUCAGCCUGUUCUUUGGCGGGGAGGCCGGGUGACUCCCCUGCUGUCUGAGCCGGGCCCUCAAAGGUUUGGAAUCGUCCCUUUCCCGUCAGGGGUCACUGUUUUUGUUUUAGUUCUUCUCAAAUUAUAGCCUGCCAGCCUCCCUUUCCCACAGCAAGGGCUGCGUGCUGACACGCAGCUGUUUUGGGGACGGAUUUGGCAGUGCUUAAACCACUUCCAGAAACAGUUUUGGGGUCUGUCCUACCCUGGGCUCUGUCCAGUGCAGGCUGCAGCAGGAAGGAUCUGAGACAAAAUCCCAUUGCCAGAGUUGGGAUAAUAAAUUCCCUGAAUAAAUUCCUUGACCCAAGGCUGGAAACCCCUUUAUUUUUAAUAUUUCUUAUGUAAAUGUGAGGAGCUUCCCCUGCACAGAGGCUGCUCUGAUGCUCAAGUGCUUUUGAUCAUUUAAGUGCCUAAAGUGCUUCCACACUGAGCUUCAGGGGAUGGGGUUUGGUGGGAAAGGCCUUAAAUUGUUCUUUUCAAACCCCAGGGUCAGAGGGGCGCAGAGCUGGGGAUUUUAACAGGAGAUGAGGGAGCAGGAGGACGAGGAAAUCUUCACAAAAUUGGCUUUUUUUGGCUUCUUCUAAGAAAAUUUCUGCAUCAGCAUCACGUGUAAGAGCACCAAUGGGUGUUGCAGUCUGGGUAAAAGCAUCCCUUGCCUGCUGUUACUGAUAUUUCCUGUGUGACCACAGAAUUCCUCUAGGAUUUGCUCCUGCCUGGCCACAGGUUUGGGUAGGAGCUCCUCAGAGCUUUUCUCUUCCAGGUAUGAGGUGGACUCUCUUCCUCACAGGUGAAUCCUGCCCCACCUUUCCUUUGUGGAGUUUGGAAUGGGGAGGAGGGAGAGCUGCUGUGUGAAUUCCCUGUUGUGGAUCCCUGGGAUGGG